AUGGGCAACUGCUUCGGCAACAGAACGAAUGAUGUCAAACACUGCUCUAAUUACGUGCAACCCCACACCGCUGGAGGGGCCAAGGAACCUUACAGAAGCAAUUCGAUUAAGAAACUUAGUCAUCCUUUACCACCUCCACCUCAACAUAUUUACCCUCAAAAGCUGCCAAGUCCAAGGCAUGAGACUGAGAUGAUAUUAUUCUCUCCUCAUUUGAAAUCCUUCACAUUUAACGAGCUUAGAAACGCCACUAGAAACUUUUUCCCCAAUUAUCUUCUCGGAGAAGGUGGAUUUGGCUAUGUAUACAAAGGAUGGCUCAACAAGGAAACCCUUACUCCAGUAGAACCUAGAUGUGGAAUUGCAGUUGCGAUCAAGAAACUUAAGCCCGAAGGAUUUCAAGGGCAUAAGGAGUGGUUGUCUGAAAUUACUUAUCUUGGUAGACUUCAGCAUCCAAAUUUGGUCAAUCUUUUUGGUUUCUGCUGUGAAGGUAAAAAUAGGUUGUUGGUCUAUGAAUUCAUGCCUCGAGGUAGCUUGGAGAAUCAUCUUUUUAGACGAGGUGCACAGCCUCUUUCAUGGGCACUAAGGGUUAAAAUUGCGGUGGAUGCUGCUCGGGGGCUUGCUUUCUUGCAUGCUUCAGAAUCAAAAAUCAUAUAUCGUGAUUUUAAAUCUUCUAACAUCCUGCUAAACAUGGACUAUAGCGCAAAGCUCUCCGACUUUGGUUUGGCAAAAGAUGGUCCAACAGGCGAUCGGACUCAUGUAUCAACUCGAGUAAUAGGCACCGAAGGCUACGCAGCCCCUGAAUAUAUGGCUACAGGUAGACUUACAACAAAAUGUGAUGUAUAUAGCUUUGGGAUAGUGUUGUUGGAAAUCAUCACAGGGCGGCGUGUCAUCGACAGGAAACAGGUUUCUGAAGAGCAGAAGCUGUUGGAAUGGGUAAAGCCUCAAUUGAGAGAUCCCAAGAAGCUAUUCAGGAUCAUGGACACAAAACUAGAAGGGCGAUACCCAAGGAAGGGGGCGUACGUUGUGGCCAACCUCGCCCUCCAAUGUUGCCAUUCGGAGGCCAAAUAUCGGCCCCACAUGUCUGAAGUACUGUCGAUUCUAGAAAGAGUCCCAUGUGGUAGACCAGACCAUCAUCAGAACAGAAUUUCAAGUCCAAGGUCGGAAAGCAGUGGACAUAGCCCCUACGACAUGAGCCAGAGUCAUGGUUCUCCGGUGCAAUGGUCACUGCAAGGUUCACCAGUGCAAUGGUCACUGCAGGGUUCACCAUUGAUGCCUCCUCGAUCGUAG